UUGCUCCAUAUCAUCCUUUAAUGUUUUUUUGAAACCCUAGAGUUGUCUCAUUCUCUGAGCACUAGAAAUGCCGCCCAAAUUUGACCCUUCCCAGGUGGUCGAUGUCUUCGUCCGAGUCACCGGUGGAGAAGUCGGCGCGGCUAGUUCACUCGCACCGAAAAUUGGUCCACUUGGUCUCUCCCCUAAAAAGAUCGGUGAAGACAUCGCUAAGGAGACCGCCAAGGACUGGAAGGGUCUUCGCGUCACUGUCAAGCUUACGGUUCAGAACCGUCAGGCUAAGGUGACGGUUGUUCCAUCGGCGGCUGCUCUAGUCAUCAAGGCACUUAAGGAGCCAGAGAGAGACAGGAAGAAGACUAAGAAUAUCAAGCACAGCGGGAACAUCUCGCUCGAUGAUGUGAUUGAGAUCGCCAAGGUUAUGAGGCCAAGAUCGAUGGCGAAGGAUCUAAGUGGAACCGUCAAGGAGAUUUUGGGGACUUGCGUCUCGGUUGGAUGUACGGUCGAUGGGAAGAACCCCAAGGAUUUGCAACAAGAGAUUACUGAUGGUGAAGUUGAGGUACCGCUUGACUGAGAGAUCACAAGCUACAGUGAGCUGCUUCCUUUUUUUUUUUUUUCCCCUUUACAAAGAGAAACUGUGCUAGAUCUAAUUUGUGUUUUUGGAUAUUUAAGGUUUUUUCUGAGGUUAUUUACUAUUUUGAGGUAAUUAGAUGAUGGUUUGGUGGAUUUUUUUUUUUUGGGUUAGCUAUAGGAUCUUUGAUGCUUGUUAAUGGGAUAUUGAUUCAUUGAUGUUAAGUUUUGCAGUUGAAGUUAUGUUUUAUGCUUGAAUUA